AUGGUGCUUGAUUACUCCAAGUGGGACAAGCUGGAAACGUCGGAUGACGAACCACCCGUUCAACCGCCACCAGCCAAGGUGGUACAGGCUCCGACGAAAGCUCCCGCGCCGAAGCGGAAACUGCAGCCGUGGGACUACCACCCUGCAAAGUCACUCCACAAGGACUUGUUCGAGCCGGACAACUGGCAACGAUGGAUCCAUCCAUCCCUGCUCAAGGUGAUCUCCGCCUGGCAGAAACAGAAGGAAACGGGUGACACGAGCUUCGCUUGUGUCGAUCUGGAAAGUUUCGAUGGAUUUCGGGUCGAAGCACCGGGAAUCUGCAGCUUCCCAGCGCUCUCCGAUGAGUUUUGCGACAUGCUCCUGGAGGAAGUGCGACACUACCGCGCAAGUGGCCUUCCAUCCCGUGCACCGAACAGCAUGAACAACUAUGGGUUGGUGCUGAAUGAGAUCGGCCUACGUGCCUCGUUCACUUCUGUGUUGAAAGAGGUCCUCCUUCCCAUCGGGGCAAGGCUUUUCGGCAGUGAUGAAGAUCGCGUGCAAUGUGUCGGUGGUGUCGACGUGGAAACUGAAGAUUGGGGUGGCUCCACCCUCGACGACCAUCACAGUUUCAUCGUCCAGUACCGUCCAACUGACGACAAGCACUUGGACAUGCACAUCGAUGAGUGCGAUGUAACGUUCAACUUCGGCGUCACAUCACAUGAAAACUUCGAGGGUAAUGAUCUGACUUUCUGCGGAAUGUUUGACUCAGCGAGCCAUCGCAAGCUGCAUCACAGGUACAAGCACGUUCGCGGACGUUGCGUUGUGCAUUCUGGGAAGCGACGUCAUGGUGCCAUGGACAUCGAGAAGGGCGAGAGAGCCUCUCUGAUCAUGUGGACGAAGAGUCGGAGCUUUCGGCGAACAGAGGCGUACCGGGAAAGGAAUCGCAAAGGGCUCACAUAUGGUGAGGCAGACAAUGUUUGCCUCAGCUACACGCAUGAUCCUGACUACAAGAAGCUCAUGCCCAAAAAGUUCCAGUACCACAUGAAGCAGGAAGCGCACAAUGCAGCUGAAAGGAGUGUGAAGACAGAAAAGAGGUGGAUCCGCGUAUGUGCAUCAGAAGACUUGGUGGAAGGUGAAUCGAAGAUGAUCGAGCUGGAGCAAGAGAAUGAGCAGGUGGCCGUCUUCCGACACAGAGGUGAGCUCUUCGCUUUGGACAACCGCUGUGCCCACAUGGGUGGUUCGUUAUGCGAAGGUGAAAUUGAAGACAUCGGCACCACUGGCCUAGGUGCCAGCGACUCCAAAGCUACAGAUGGCAUGGUCAUUUGUCCUAGACACUAUAUGUGUUUCAACCUCCGCACCGGGGCAAAUGUCGAGGGUGAUCCCAUGAGCCAGAAGGUUUAUCCUGUUCGUCUGUCAGCAGAUGGAAAGGAUGUGGAGGUGGAGGUGGAGAUGGAAGUGGUUGUCCCACCUCUUUCUGUCUCAUCACGCCUCCCUGCACUUCUUCAAACGCUGGGCGGCUGGAUUUUCAAAUUUCAGCAGGAACCAAAGUUUGCAGUUGCUGGCUUGGGUUGCUUAACGUUCUUCAUCGUCGCAGGCCUGCACUUACGCAGCACGUUUCGAGACGCGAAGACCAACCUGAGAUAA